GCACUUGGCGCCACGGGGUCCCCCACGGUCGCCACGGACGCAGCGCGCGGGGCGGCGCGGCAGGGGGGCGGCGGCCGCGCCCCGCGCCGGCGCUGGGUGCCGCCCGGCUCCCGCCGCGACGAGGACGCCGACUACGACAACAUCUUCCGCAAGGUGCGCGGCAUCCUCAACAAGCUCACGCCGGAGAAGUUCACCAAGCUCAGCGAUGACCUGCUGGCGCUGGACCUCGCCUCCGACAAGGUGCUCAAGGGCGUCAUCCUGCUCAUCUUCGAGAAGGCGCUGGACGAGCCCAAGUACUCGAGCAUGUACGCGCAGCUGUGCAAGCGGCUGAGCGAGGAGGCGCCGGACCUGGAGCCGCCGCCGCCGCCCGGCGCGCCGCCCGGGCCCUGCACCUUCAAGGUGCUGCUGCUCAACAAGUGCCGCACGGAGUUCGAGAACCGCGCGCAGGCCUUCGCCGCCUUCGAGGAGCGCGCGCUGGCGCCCGAGGAGCUGGAGCGCCGCCACCUCGCCAAGUGCAAGAUGCUCGGCAACAUCAAGUUCAUCGGCGAGCUGGGCAAGCUGGAGAUCCUGUCCGAGUCCAUCCUGCACCGCUGCAUCCAGCAGCUGCUGGCGCGCCGCGCCGCCGCCGACCACCACGAGGACCUGGAGUGCCUGGCGCAGCUGGUGCGCACGUGCGGCCGCGUGCUGGACUCCGAGCGCGGCCGCGGCCUCAUGGACCAGUACUUCCAGCGCAUCGAGACGCUCUCCACGUCGCGCGAGCUGCAGCCGCGCAUCCGCUUCAUGCUGCGCGACGUGGGCGAGCUGCGGCGCGGCGGGUGGGUGCCGCGCGCCGCCACGCACGGCGAGGGGCCCGUGCCCAUCCAGCAGCUGCGCCGCGACGACGAGCCGCCGCCGCGCCGCCCCGAGCGCGAGCGCGACGCGCUGUUCCGCGGCGGCCUGCGCGCGCGCCCGCUGGACGACGUGCUGGCGGGGCUGUCGCUGGGCGCGCCCACCGCCGCGCUCGUGCCGCCGCCGCAGGACAAGCUGUUCGGCAACGGCUUCACGGCGCCGCGCGACGGCUUCCGGCAGCGCUCGUCGCCCGGCUACUACCGCGCGGCGGCGGGCGGGCGCGACGGCCGCGACCACCGCGGCGGCGGCGGCGGCAAGGACCCGGCGCCCCGGUUCAGCAAGGCGCGCCUGGCGCCGGGCGGCGCGCUCGAGGACGUGCAGAUGCGGCCCGCGGCCAACAGCCUGCUGUUCACGGCCAACCGGCUCAGCAAGCCCGCCGCGCCGCCGCCGCUGGCCGCGCCCGCGCAGACCCUCGCGCCGGUGUUCGCCGCCGCGCCGCCGCUCAUCAAGGAGCCCGCCAUCACCAUCAAGCCGGCCAACGACAAAAAGGACAAGCCCAAGAAGGAUAAGGGUCUGAACAAGGAGGAGGUAGCGCGGCUGGCGCUGGCGGCGGCGCGCGCGGUGGCGGCGGGCGGCGCGGGCGCGGAGGGCGGUGAGCCGCCCGCCCUGGCCGCCGCCGCCGCGUCGCUGGCCGAGCUGCAGCUGCCGGACAAGCUGCUGCGCCGCGCCGUCGCCGCGCUGCUCGACUUCGCGCUCUCCGAUGAAGAGGGCGCGGAGGCGUGGGCGUGCGUGGCGCUGAUCCGCAGCAUCAAGCGCGGCGGCGUGGGCGAGGCGGUGCGCGCGGCCGUGGCGGCGCGCCACCCGCACGCGCGCCUGCCGCGCCUGCUGGCAGAGGCCGUGCACCAGAAGCUGAUCCCGCUGUCGGAGGCGGGCGCGGCGGCGGAGGGCGCGGCGCAGUUCCCGCUGCUGCUGGAGCUGCUGCGCGAGCUGCGCGCGCUGGCCGGGCCCGAGCGCCUCGCCACGCUCUACGGCGAGAGCAAGCUGAACAUCGUGUCGUACGUGGCGGAGGCGGGCGGCGGCGCGGCGGACGCCGUGGAGCAGCACGGGCUGUCCGCGCUCGUACCGCAGCUGCGUCUGCAGGCGGAGCUGGCGCGGCAGCUGGCGGCGGAGCCCGCGCCGGCCGCGCUGUACCGCUGGAUCAAGGCGCACGUGGAGCCCGCCGUGCGCGCGCACGCCGCCUUCGUCUCUGCACUCGUCGCGCUCAUCGCCGAGCACGUGGUGGGAGCGGCGGGCACGGGCGUGGCGGCGCCGGCGCGCGAGGCGGUGGAGCGCGAGCGCGCGCUGCUGGAGGCCUACGCGCCGCUGCUCACCGCGCUGCUCGAGCGCCGCCCCGAGCUGCAGCUCGCCGCCGUGUACGCCGUGCAGGUGCACGCGCACAAGCACCAGUACCCUAAGGGCAUGCUGCUGCGCUGGUUCAUGUACCUGUACAACCUGGAGGUGUGCGAGGAGGACGCGUUCCUGCGCUGGCGCGAGGACGUCACCGACGCCUACCCCGGCAAGGGCGAGGCGUUGUUCCAGGUGAACACGUGGCUGACGUGGCUGCAGCAGCAGGAGUCGGAGGACGAGGAGGCGGAGGACUGAGCGCCCCUGCCCCGCCCCCCGCCCCCCGCGCCCGCGCUCGGCGCCCCCGAGCCUACAACACUCACGAGCAAGCUUUCGUUUCGCGCUCAUCUCAUUUUAUAAAUAUAAUUAAGCCGAAUAGUUAAAAUACCUUCGUUACCCUUUAACGCUAGACCCGCCGUGGAUCGGCGUAUCCAGUGUUAAAUAGGUCAAUUUUUAGGUUAUACAACGUAAACACAUAUUAGUAUCUCGAGAUAAUUUUUUGUAGGCCUUUUACUCGAUUUUGAUACUUUUACAAAUGUAUACAAUGUAUAGUGUUCGUUUGGAAGUAUGAUUGCACCCCCCACCCCCGCGUCCAGUCGAGCGCGUUCUAGUUUAAAAUGUAAAAAUAUAUAUAUUGAGAACUUAAAUCAAUUUUAUUAUUAUAUAUCAUGAUCAUUUAUUUUCAAUGCUAAAUGGAUUUAGUGAUAAACUGUAAGAAUGCUUAAAUUUCAUUGUAUUAUCGAUUUUAGGAUUUUCUAACUAGAUAAAUAAUGUCGAAGCAGACGAUUCCUCGGGCGUAAGAAAUGUAUGUUUGAGUUGUAAUAAGUUGUGAAGUGAGCUGAAGCGAGCGGCUCAGUCGCACUGGUCAAUAUGUACUCACUGUGAGAAAUAAAGUUCAGUGUAAUUUAUUACAAAAA